AAAAUGGAAAUGAAAGAUAUUUCUCGACAUAAGACACUAUGGAAAAUGAACCCAACCAGUGAACCUCUGUUUGUUACUGGUGCAGAAGUCAAUUCUCUGAAGAAAUUCACUAUCCCUAAGAUUAAACGGACAACUGAGAAAGUUUACUUGUCACCGUGUUACACCAAUACUAGAGAGUACAGUUUCAUCCGUGAUACCCUGAACCAGAGCCGACUUGAUAUAAGCUGUGACCUGCAGCUCUCAUGGCAGUUUGGAGACACAAAACUCGUUCACAAUAAGGAUCUAGAAAAAAAAUUUACUUCUAAGAGGUCCGAGAUGCGUGAGAAUGGAAGGCAUGCAAGAGAACUUGAAGAACAUUUCUGCUUUUUAGCUCUUUCUCAGAGUAAUGUGGCUGAGAUAUAUAAGAAUGGAUUAAGCACCAAAGCAUCUCAUUUGAAAAUGUUAGGAAAUCCUCUUCUUGGAGUUUAUGUGUUUAGACACGUUGAUGUUGCCUUAAACUAUGCUCACAGUAGAAGCUUUACUGUAGAAAACAUCAUAAUUUUUAAGGUUCUCUUUGGAAAAGUGAAGAAAAUUCAGCCAUCACUGGAUAAAAACAAAAUCUCUCUGGAUCCUUCUCCUAACUUUGAUUGCCAUAUGUCAAGAAAUACACCUUCUCUGAGAGAUACCAUUGAACUGCAAGCCCACGGUUCAGCAGUGUAUGUCUAUGAAUACAGCAUUCUUUCAAGGCCAGUCGAUAAACCUAGACAGUGUCUUCCUUAUGCAGUAGUAACAGUAAAAUUUAUUGGUCACAAAGAUAAUGGACACCUCAUGACAUCUUUGAGAUUCCUCUCAACCGGAUUUCCUAAGAGGGCAGAAAGAACGUCUUCUUUGAAUAACUGUACAGUGGCCAAAAGAAUUGGAAAAGGAAAAGAUGCUACUGUCAUCUUCGAGCAUUUCCGGAAGCCUGUACAUGCAUUUGCUCAGGAAAACUGUUCCUGCAGUACACCCAACUCUGAAAUAAAACCUUCCAACUCCAAUAUUCCUAAUUCCUUUGGAAAUAUCCAAAAUAGAAACAAUUCUGUACUUGACACACAUAAUGGAUGGAUGGAAUACAGAUUAACAGACUGUAAAGACUCUUCUCAAGUAUAUGCAUGUGAUUCAGGAAUAUCAGUUAUUCCCAGUGAUAACAAAGAAAGUGUUAAUGGUGGCCUCUUAAGUUUGACACAACUUAAAAAUAUUUUAAGGGGUCUUUCUACUGCCAUACCUCUUCAGAGCAAUGUUAAUUCAAGUACAGUAACUACUUCAAAACUCAUCAAAGACCCCAGGCUCACCAGGAGAGAGGAAAACCUGGUGAAACAUAAUGUUACAAGUGAAACAUUCCCAUUUGAGAAGAGUUCCAAUCUUGAUAAUUCGAAAAUAAGUCUAGCAUCUGUACCAUCUGAUUCUGCCUCCUCAUCUGAAGCCAUGCCUAGUGAUCAUGAUGUUUUUACUAAUUGUUUGGAUACCCCUUGCUUCAAAUUUUCUUUUGACACUUCUCAAUCGCAGGCUCAGGACAUGUACUCUAAGAACCAUGACUCCACAACUUACAGUAAAAUUACCAUGACCUGUCAAGACAAAAACUCCUUUCCAAUAUACUCAUCAAACAUGUCUUUAGAAGUUGAAGACCAGAACCACCAGGAAAAAGCCCAGCGAUCCCAGCAGAGAAGUAGCAUUCCAUUUUUAAAUGACCAAGACAGUGACCCAUGUAACGAAUCAGUGAAUACUUUUACACAAGGGAACGAAGAUCCCAUCCCUCAGGGAUCGCAGUUUUCUCAUUUACAGACUGAUAAGCAAGCAUCUACAGUUUUUCCACUCCAAAUGAAAAAAAGCGUAUGUGAGUACCUUCAGAAUAGUGGAGAGACGAAGAACUUCACUAGCCCAGAAGAUAACUUCAACCAUGGAGAAAAACAUAAUUUAUGGAAAACAAAAAUCAGUCCAGCGGAUAAUUAUAUUUUAUUGCACCAAGAAUGUAAAGAAAAUAUGAGUCUUGAUUCUUUGGGGGAAAUUUGUGAUCAUGUAUUAAUUACUCAAAACUUGGAAAUACCGAAAUCAUCUAUAUCUACUACAAUGAAUAAUUAUGAGGUAAAUCACCUAGCAUUGGAAUUUCAAAAUAAUCUUUCUCCUGGAGUGGAGAGCAUUUCACAAAAGCACCUUCAUCACCCUUCAUUAUGUGAAGAUGGCUUUCAUACAAGUUCUGCCGUUUCUCAAAAACGAAUGGAACUGAAAUUGGAAAAGCCAAAUCAAAACUGUGUUAGUGUUAUGAGUGAUGCUCUUCAGGAAGCAAAAGACAUUUACCAGGCCAACAAAUUACCAUUUGAUCAAUUUAUUUCACUUCAUGAUGUUAAGAGAGCUCAUGACAAUUUGGAUUAUAACAUAGCUCAAGAACAUCCAUGGAUCCAUAGGAAAAAUGAAAACAACCCAGCCUCACUGGAGAAUAUCCAGAGAGCCUGCCAAGAGAUUCCUCAACUGGACAGUAGAGAUCACGAUCAGACUCUCUUCUGUCAUGCACAGUUGAACAACAAGGUACACAUGAAUAUUGAUUUCAAAGAGCAGAGAGAUCAAGAAAAACAACAUGAGGCUAAAGAAGAGUCAGCUUUGCCUCCAGAGGACAACAUAAAGUGUGUGUAUGAAGCUGAGAAGCAGGGUCUUCAUACCAAUAAUAAUUCCAUCAACAGCAAAGACAAAAAGAGGGAGAACAAGAAUUAUAGCCAUGUAGAAACUCUGAAUUCUGAAGAAUCUUCUGCCACAUUUAAUUUGACAUGGAAAACAAAGGUAUCAACAGAAACGACAGUUUCAGGGAGUGAAUUUACCACAUCUGCCAUAAAGCAAAAAGAUAUUCAGAAUGCUGAAAGGAAUGCAGGACUUUUGUCUUCCAUGUUGCCCAAAAUUGCUGGUUCUUUAGGACAUGUGGCUUCCAGUGCAGCAGUACUGUUCACUGACACUACACUGCCAGCAUUAUGCACAAAUCCUGAAGAUCACCAAGGACACAAAUUAAAAGAAGCUUCUAGGAGUCCUGAUUUGGAUUUGUUCAUAAAACAUAAGGCUUCUGAUUAUAAACUACAUGUAGAUAAAAAUAAAUUACAGAAUGCAUUUUGUCAGUCCAUAAGUGACAACGACCUAGUUUUUGACAACUUUGAAGUGGAGAACGAGAUUGAACUGGGAUUAGAACAGUGUGACGAUGAAUUUCUAUUUCAACAAGAUAUUCCUAGCCAUGGAAGUGUACCAUAUGAAGACUUCGGGGACUCAUAUGAGAUUCUAAAGUCUCGUAUUGAUUGGAAAGGCCUAUUCGGAAGCAAAACUGAAGAAAGAGAGGUUUUAGAAAACCUCCCAAGAGACGAGAACAGUGAUCAUUUUUACCAUGAGCAAAGUGAUUGCUUUGAUUCUUCUCCGCAAAAAAAUCAAGAAGAGACCGGCGACCCAAUUUUACUUCCAGAUCUACACGUUAAAAUUGCUAAUGUACUUAUGCCAGGAUUCAGCCCUACUUUCAAACCCCUUACUUUGAACAAUAAUUUUUGCAGAUACGUAACGGGAACCACAAAAACAAAAAUAAAUGAGGAGCACAGAAAAGGUUCAGGACUUGACAUUUAUUCACCACGUUCUGGAGGAAAUUCAGGUAAUGCGUGUGAACAGGAAUAUGGUAACAUAAGAUAUGCAUCUGAGCUAGUGAGUAAAUCUGAAAUCUCACAUUCUUUUGACUUGAAUCAUAAAAGACAUAUGAAUCACAUGUCUGAACACCAAAAUAGUGUGCCUUGGGUCACUGAAGCUUCUUCUGUCACAGCAAUAAAUAACAAAGGCACGUGUUCCUCUACAAAGCCAAAAACUGACAAUACUAGAAAUAAAAAGGACACAGAUUCAAGGCUUAGCAAAAGAAAGCUACGUGUAUCUUCAGAGGACCAAAACAUAAUAGAAAAAGAUCUGAGACAUGAAAUUUGUAGGAAGAAGAGGAAGUUUAAUAGUCACGAUUCAUCUGAAUGUUUUUCGUCAUUAUCCCAAGGGCGAAUUAAAACCUUUUCACAGUCUGAAAAGCAUAUUAGGAGUGUCUUAGAUAUUCUAAAUAGUGAAGUAUCUUUAUGCAAAAGUAAACGUCUUUCCAGAAAACUUGACAGGGCAGUUGUUCAUCUCAAAAAAGCUCAUAGAAGAGUUCAUACAUCUUUGCAGCUUAUAGCUAAAGUGGGAGAAGCAAGAAAGAGCCCGUUACCCAAAUCAUAUGCAAUAAUAUGCAAUAACUUCUGGGAAAGCUGUGAUCUUCUAGGUUAUAAUCCUAUGCCUGAAAGACGAUAUUAUUCCACUAAGCAUUUUUUGUCCAAAAGAAAAUAUGACAAACCAGGAGAGAGAAAAGCUUUAGGAUUUGAAAAUUACAAGUCAUUAACUCAUGUUUCAAAGAGCAAGUCUUCCCAAAGAAGGGAAGAGAGAGUUAGAAAGUGCCUUUCUGGGAACACUGUGACCAGCAGCAUCUCCAGAAAUCAUACCACUAUUCAUGUGAGAGGGUUUUGUGAUCAAGAGUAUCCCGAAUCACAGUUAACUCUAUGUUCCACAUCCCAGACUACAGCUCAGUCAGCUUAUAACUGUCGCAAUCUGAGAACUUUAAGAUCAUCAGCAUUUCAGUCCAUUCCUGAAAAAACUGAGUCUCUGUUUUCUUCAGUCUGCCCAGAUGAGAACCUAACUGAAAAAGGAAAUCCACCUAAUAUUAAGUUCCUAUCUAACUUUAGUAAAAAUGAACACCUUGAGGACAAUCUCACACAUGAUCCUAAGGAUGUAACCAAAGAAAACAGUUCUAAGGCGAGUGAAGGAAUAAAUGACUCAGAAUCUUCAAGUUGCUUGAAGGUAAGACCCAUGUGUUUGAGCACAGACAAAGAUUUUGAUGCAAUUUGUAUAGCUCACACAAAGCUGAAAACUGAUGUGUUUAUUUCAGUCUUCAAAUCAAACAUGGAGCACUUUUUAAAUAUGUGCGAAGCAGAUAACCUUAUUUUGACUGAUUUUCAAAGAAAUCUGAAAGUAAAUUUUCCUGUCAAAAAAUGGUCACAUCCUGUUGAGAGCUUGGAGCCAAGCAUCACUACAGGAAAUUUUCUUAUGGACCCACUGAGUCUGACCCUGAAGACAAGCAAAAAGCAUAACAAUAUUCCUCAGUCAGUAAAUACAGCAGUGACAGAUAGUGAUAGGAAAUCUUUACAAACUUAUUUGGAUAAACAAGGGAAUUUUUCAGUAGAUUCUUUUGCACCAUCCACCAUUGUACCAUCCUGUCAUCGAGGAGAUAGUAAAAAGGAGCUUCUGAAAACAAAAGUGCCCUCCUUAAGUAAUUGCAUCUGUUUAAAUUACAACAAAACAAAUGUUACUGAGAAUUGCAAGUUGGAGUGCACCUUAGUAACUAAAGAAAGUAAAAGUUGUGGGGGAAAUAUAAUUUCCAAUGGUAGAUCCCUGCUCUUAAAAAAUAAUAUAAAGGAUUGUGUUUCUAAAAACUGUAUUGCAAAGAAAGACAUUCAGGACAUAAAAAUGUGCAAAUUUAAGCAAACAGAAGAAGCAAAAGAUUCGGUUCACAGAAAAAGCAUGAUGGGUCUAUCACCUGCUCAAACUGGGAACAAAGAUCAAAAGAGAAACAUCUUAGAAGAAUUUUCCUCCACAGGAGAAAAAAUAACUAAAAAUAACUUGAUGGAUUUUUCUCUGAGCACUGAAAAAAUUUCCGAUGCAGUCUCUUUGAAUAGCACAGUUUCUAAUCAGCUUAACCAAAGAGACAAAGUUGAGGAAAUCAGAGUUAGCAAUAACUCUAAGUCUGGGUCUUCAUUGCAUUCAGAAACCGCCUCCAGUUCCAAACCAGAUAUUAGGAGGAUGAAUCACAUGGCUGAUUCCCAUGCCACCUCUGAAACCUCCAAAGUCACUAUUCUUCAGAAGAAGAAUAAAUCACACGUGAAUGAAUUAAAAGAAAAGCAGUCCUCAGCUGAUUGCUCAACUCUUAUAAGUAGUCUAACUCAGAUUUUAAGGAGGGCAGAUGAAGCAUCAUCUUUACAGAUUCUACAGGAACAAACCAAGAUUUGUCAAAACAUUCUCCCGCCCUUUGUUGAAGCUUUUGAACGAGUGCAGGAAUGUUCACUUGAACAAGUACUGAUUUCCAGAGAACUAUUAGAACAGAAGCAGUGGAAUAAUUGCAAGCACAAAUUGAAACCAUGUGCUGUUGACUCCUUGACAGAACUCCAAAUGAUGAUGGAAACUAUUCAAUUCAUUGAAAACAAAAAAAGGCUCUUACAAGGUGAACCAACAUUCCGAAGCUUGCUUUGGUAUGAUGAGACAUUGUACAGUGAGCUCCUUGGCAGGCCACGUGGAUUUCAACAACAAUCCAGUUUCUAUCCAGCUUUUCAAGGGAGGUUAAAAUACAAUGCAUUCUGUGAGCUGCAACGCUACCAUAACCAAUUACUUGAUUUGUUUGAAGAAACCAAAAGGGAAAACAAAUCGUACUACACACUGUUAAAAUACAAACGGCAGAUUGAUGAGUGUGAAGCAAUAAUGAAACAUUGCUCGGAUUGCUUUGACUUUUGUCUUUCUGUGCCAUUUACCUGUGGAGUUAACUUUGGAGAUGAUUUGGGAGACUUGGAAACCUUACGAAAGAGUACCUUAAAGGUGAUCAGUAGUUACAGAGAAGAGACUCCUAAAAAUGAUGCCUAUCCAGAAAAACAAGACCAUCUGUGGAUUAUCAUAGAAAUGGUCUCCUCAAAAAUAAAUUUUAUCAAGAGCAAUGAGGCAGAAGGCAUUAAAGUAUCUCUUUAUGGUCUGGAACAUAUCUUCUUUGAUGCUGCAAAAAGUCUUGUUUGGAAGGAGAAGAAGAAAAUUUUUAGCAAAAUAUAUUCGGGAAAGAAAAAAAGAGAAAUGCUACUUGAAAUGAAUCAGAAUUCUUUUUCUAAAUUGCAGAAGCUAUAUGAUACAUUGUCGAAAGACUUAAAGAGUGAGCAAAUUUCCAAUAAUGACUUUGAGGAGAGUACUAUGAUUACUUCCAGAAAGCCAGAUAAUCUAAUAAAUAAAGCAACAAUUAGUGCAGGAAAUUAUGCACUUAACAGUACUGUGCUUCCACACCUGGAUAUCUGUCAUAUUAGUGAAAUAAUUGACCAGGCUGAAUUUGCAGACUUGAAAAAAUUACAGGAACUUAUUUUGAGAUGUACUGAACACUUAGACAUUUUAAAGAAAUACUUUCAGAUGCAGCAAGAAGACAGCAUAGAUGAUGUUUUUAUCACCGAAGAAAAUGUCCUAGAUAUGCUGAAAAAUCAGAAACAUGGGGCUGUCAUUUUAAAACCUGAAGCUAUUGAAACUUACAUUGAAAUUGUUAUGCUCUCAGAAACCGUUCACUUCCUUAAGAACUCAGUGGCAAAGAAACAAGACAAACAGAGGUUUCGCAGUAUGCUUUGGUUUGAUUUGUCACUUGUUCCAGAGCUGAUUGUCUGCCAAGAAAAAAUGACAGCUUUUUCGUUUCUUAGAGAAAAUGCAACAGAGUGUCUUGAGAAAGUGAUAGAGACAACUACUUCUGCACUUAAUAAAGAACUGGAUAUUAUUCUCAACUAUAACAAUGCUGUUAAUUCCUCGUAUGCUCUUCGGUUGUACUCAAGAGAACUUGAAGAGCUUGAAGAAAUAAAAAAACUUCUAAAGAAGUCUCUGUAUUCCGUUCCCACUUACAUUAACUUUGUGCCGUAUAUUGCAUCCAUAAAUUAUGGAAACACAAUGACCGAGUUAGAAUAUAACUACAAUCAGUUUUCUACACUGCUUAAAAAUAUAAUGACUGCCCAUAGGAAAGACUUGGGUAAAAUGGCCCAUAUAACAAAGGUUAUGAAAACCAUUGAACAUAUGAAAAUCAUAUGUGCUAAAAAGGAUACACUAACCAUUUCUUUUAUCUUAUGCCAAAUGAUUCGUAACAGAAGGAAAACAUUACAGCAUACGAAAAAAGAAAAACCAUACAUUCCUAUAAAACUUGAUAAGAGUAUUGAUAAACCUAGCACUUGUAUGAUGGUCCCCUCUAUUUCAGAAUGCAUUGUAAAAAACAUUCCAAAUUCUUCUAAAAAACGACCUCUCCCUGCCGACAAAUGUGAAGACUCUCGGGAACAAGAGAGAAAUGCUGCUGUUUCCAGUUGCAAAAAACAAAAGAUUGGCAUGGAAGACGUUCCAAAAAUCAGCAAAGAAAAGACAAUACUCGAACUUCCAAGGGCUGUAAGAUCUCACCCCAGAGACGAGAAUGAAGCAGGACCAAGCUCAUCUGACGAUCUGAGAAGAGAUCUCAUGUCUCCCAAAAAGGCUGAGACACAGAGAUCCCUGCCUGACUCGCAUUCACAGUUAGAACGUGUAAAAGGCAGUUGCCCACCAAAGUCAGAGGUCAACGCUGACGCUGCAGUUGGUGCUUCAGAAACUUUGACUGGACAAGAGGGAGAUCACCGGAAGGAAACAGAUGUGAAUCUCGGGGCUGCUGGAAUAAAAAAUGCUAAGAGAGAUCAUUCCGCUUUCACAAUUCGUGACCAAAAAUGUGUAGAUGGCACCUUUUCUAUAGAUCACAAGACAACUUCACGGAAAAUUUCAAAGAAUUCUCCGGGUUCUGCAGAGCAGCCCUCUCCCUCCGACACACGGUCAGGAGCUGGCCCUCCACGUGUGCCCGCCACCUCAGUUCUCUCGAAGCCUGUCUUCCGUUUUGUGAGGGAUAUCCAUGCCAAUUUUGAAAUAGAUGAAGCUGUCUGUGAACUUCCAGAUAGUGAACUAAUGGAUUCAUCUGUUAAAAACUCAUCGUGCAGCCCUUCUCCAGAGACUGUAUUUAUCCAGAGCACAAAUCCUGUUCUGCAAAUAAAUGAGACACAACAGAGAGAAACUGAACCGAAGGCUAAAUUCCCGGCGGAUAUGUCGAAUCCUAGUGCUCGACCUCUCCGAGCAUCUGGGAGUGGGAUGCUGAAUGGGAAUCGCAAUUCAGAAUGUUCUCUUUCCAGGCCAGGGGCUGAUGACAAUCCGAAAGUCCCGACUCGGGACGCGACCCCAUCCUGGAGUGACCCCCCGCCGUCCUCCCGACCCCUAGCAUAUCAUUCUUCUGAAAGUUCAUUGGCGGUUUCCUACCCUUACUACACGUGGUGUGUUUAUCAUUACAGCAGCGUCAGUGGCCAUUCCAUUACCCACACAUACCAGGGAGUCACAGCCUAUGACGUCCAGCCGUCUCCGGUGGUGCUGGACACUGUCGUGGGCAUCCAGAGCACGCGUGCUGAUCUUUCGUAUUCUCAGUACUUCAGUUACGUUCCCGGCGAGCCGCACGCAAAUGACUUUGUGCCAGUGACUGGAUAUUUUCGAUCACAGAUGCCUGUUUACCACUUCCAGCAGCCGGCUUUCACACAGUAUCAGUUCCAUCAGCCAUUACCACAAGCUUCCUAUUCCUACCUUCCUAAUUCAGGUGUGCUUCCGGAAGUUCCUAGGGCUUACGCUUCGUGGCAACAAGAAUCCUUUCAGCCAGGACAUUGA